CCCGGCGUGCGCAGCAACCUGCUGCUGCCCUACGAGGAGGCUGGAGGGCAGGGGGUCCUGCUGGCCGGCUGGACCCAGAAGGACGGCACCUCCAGCCUACCGGCAGCGCCUGAACCGCAGCGAGGUGGUCAGCUGCCUGCCCGACGGCUCCACCGCCGGCGUCGUCUUCCAGCUGGCCGGAGCGUGGUACCUGGCCGUGGCGGCCCCCUACCCGGCGGGGCCCCACGGGGACGGGCUGUGAGCCCUCCCAGUCGGACGAGGCGACUGUCAUCACGCCGCAGUGCCAAGGCCUGGAAUGCCACCGCCGUCUGCAUCUUUGGGAUGGAGGAGAUGAAGGAGCAAGCCUGUGCAUCCACGCACUUCAUCAUGAACGGGAACAGCUGUGAGGCACGAUCAAUCAAGAAGUUACCUACCUUGAUUCACUCUGGAUUAGUGGCUGUUUAUGGCACAGUUGUUUUGAAUCAGAUAGUUCUCUUCUUGGGAACAGAUGAUGGACAGUUACUGAAGGCUAUUCUUAGUGAUGAUAUGGAAUCUAAUUGCCCAGAGGUUUUAUACGAAAUUAAGGAAGAAACCUCCAUUUUCCCCAAGCUUCGACUUGAUCCAAUAGAUAAUAACUACAUCUAUCUGUCCUCUGCCAAUAAGGUGAGAAGAAUACCAGUUGCAAAUUGCAGUAGAUACGUUUCCGAGCAAGAAUGCUUAUCUGCAAAGGAUCCCUACUGUGGGUGGUGUUCUUUGAAUCGAAGGUGCACGUUAAAAGAAAAUUGUACACGUUCAAACAGCAUAAAGGGUUGGUAUAACAUUUCACAUGCACCUGAUAAAGAUCUGAAAAUCCUGCUAAGUUUCCCUGCCAAAAAUCAGGUUGCUGUGGCUGCAAGCAUAAGCAAAAUCCUUAUUUCCUGUGUGAUAAAAAUUGUAAAACCUGUUGAAAUAUUUUAUGAAAAUGUAGUGCUGAAAAACUCAUCCUGUUUCUGCAAUAUAACCACUCCAGUGAUAACUGAUAAUGCUGCUCACGGUGUAUACACAAGGGAUAGUUGUAAUGCAGCUGCUUCCAAGGGGAUCACCACUGCGCAGGAAACAGAGCAUAUCAGCAUUCAUUCCAUUGAGCCUUUGUGGAUUUCUACAUUAGGCAAAAGUGAGAUAACAGUCAAAGGAGAAAACUUUACACGUGCAUCAGGCAUAAAACUGAUACUGACUGGAAUCACUGGCUGUAAACCAGACAUCAUUAAAGUUAGAAAUGUGCUAAAUGAUACACAAAUGACAUUUGCUCUCCCACCAACACGUAAAGAGGCCAAAAGUAUAUGUAUACAGGCUAAUGGGAAAAAGUGUUCACCACCAAUGACUCUGCAUUAUGUUUCACUGCCAUCGUGUCUCGGAAUCACACCAAAUACCUCCUGGAUCAGUGGUGGUCGCAAAAUUACUACAAUAGGUAGAAAUUUCAAUGUGGUAGACAGUGUGAUUAUUUCGGAUGACCAGAGAUCAAACCUCACCGUCUCUAGGUGUCCUGGAAAUGAAUCUGAAUAUCAUUACUUGACACCAAGCCUGAGCCAUGCAACAGAGAGUAAAGUUGUUGAUAUGAUGUUAAAAGUGGAAACUACCUUUAUACCAUGUGUCAAAUUACACUAUCACCCUGACCCAGUGUUCAUUAACUACCAGCUACACACUGAGCUGGAUCCUGAUCUGGAAUUAAAAAUAUACGUAAGUUUGAAAGUAAUGAACUAUAAUUCCUUAUUUAUAAUAGUUAAAGAAAAUGACAACUUGAAUAUUUCUAAAACUGAGGUAGAGGUUUAUCUGUCAUAUAUGAAUGGUGCACAGACCAAACAGAUAUGGUUCAAUGUCCAAAAUAUUACUAAAAAACCAGACCGUAGCACCAUACUAUGCAAAUUCAAACGGGAAGGAACAGACAAGAUUGAUUUUUCCACAGUGAAAGUUUUUGUCAAAUUGGGAAAUUUUGAGCAUGAAGUCAAACCAACAUCAUCACACAUAUAUUUAUAUGUUCUUAUUUUGCUACCUAUCGUAGUGGGUGUCAUUAUAGCGGCAUUCAUAGUUACUAGAUACAAAUCCAAAGAGUUAACUCGUAAACAGAGUCAACAACUUGAACUGCUGGAAUAUGAGAUUCGGAAAGAAAUACGUGAGGGAUUUGCUGAGCUGCAGAUGGAUGAAUUAGACGUGGUGGAUAGUUUUGGCACCGUUCCCUUCCUUGACUACAAACACUUUGCUCUUAGAACUUUCUUCCCAGAGUCAGGAGGCUUUGCAUCCAUCUUCAGUGAAGACAUGCCACAGAGCAGAGACCAAACGAGCAAGGAUGAAAGCUUCAACAUGUUGCAUGCUUUAAUUUGUAACAAGAACUUUCUUGUUACUCUCAUUCACACCCUUGAAAAGCAGAAAAAUUUCUCUGUGAAAGACAGAUGCUUGUUUGCCUCUUUCCUGACUAUUGCACUACAAACUAAGCUAGUUUAUCUAACCCAUAUUUUGGAAGUGUUGACAAAGGACUUGAUGGAGCAAUCAAGCAAUGUACAGCCUAAGCUCCUGCUCAGACGAACUGAAUCUGUGGUGGAAAAAUUGCUGACAAACUGGAUGUCUGUCUGCCUUUCUGGAUUUCUCCGGGAGACAAUUGGUGAACCUUUCUAUUUGCUAGUGACAACCCUCAAUCAGAGGAUAAACAAAGGACCUGUUGAUGCCAUAACUUGCAAAGCCCUGUACACGCUUAACGAAGACUGGCUGCUGUGGCAGGUGUCUGAAUUCAAAACAGUGGUAUUAAACAUUAUAUUUGAAAAAAUCCCAGAAAAUGAGAGUGGAGAUGCCUGCCAAACUAUCCAAGUUAAUGUUCUGGACUGCGACACCAUAGGCCAAGCCAAGGAGAAGAGCCUUCAAGCUUUCCUUAAUAAGAAUGGCUUUCUCUAUGGUCUUCAGCUGGAUGAAAUUGGUCUUGAACUUGUGUCUGAGGAGCAGCAAAGAGAAUUGUUAGAUAUUGAUGGUUCCUCAGAGGUGAUGGAGGAUGGAAUAAGGAAGCUAAAUACCAUCAGUCAUUACGAGAUUUCAAAUGGAGCAACCAUAAAAGUCUUUAAAAAGAAGGCAAAUACCCGAUCAGAUGUGGACUACUCGGAUGAACACUGUCAUUUGAUUUUACCAGAUUCUGAAGCAAACAAAGAUGUGAAAGGAGCAGGUCACAAAGGAAAGCAAAAAUUCAAAGUGAAAGAAAUGUAUUUGACAAAGCUUCUGUCAACCAAGGUUGCGAUUCAUUCGGUUGUUGAAAAGCUCUUCAGGAGCAUUUGGAGUUUACCCAAUAAUAAAGCACCUGUUGCCAUCAAGUACUUUUUUGACUUUCUGGAUGCCCAGGCUGAGAGCAAAAAAAUCACUGACCCUGAUGUGGUCCAUAUAUGGAAAACCAACAGUCUUCCUCUUCGCUUCUGGGUGAACAUACUGAAGAAUCCCCAAUUUGUCUUUGAUAUUAAGAAGACUUCACAUAUAGAUGGCUGUUUGUCUGUAAUCGCACAAGCUUUCAUGGAUGCCUUUUCUCUAGCAGAACAGACACUGGGGAAGGAAGCACCAACAAAUAAACUUCUCUAUGCUAAGGACAUUCCACUCUACAAGAAGGAGGUGAAAGCGUACUAUAAAGCCAUCAGGGAUCUGCCUCCUCUGACCACUUCAGAAGUUGAAGAAUUUCUAACUCAGGAAUCUAAGAAACACGAAAAUGAAUUUAAUGAGAAAGUGGCCUUGAUUGAAAUCUGCAGAUACAUAACGAAAUAUUAUGAUGAGAUUGUCAGCAAACUCGAGCGAGAACGGGGGUUUGAAGAAGUCCAGAAACAGCUCCAGCAAGUAAAAGCCUUAUUUGAUGAAAAGAAAAAAUGCAAAUGGCUUUGAGCAGAGCACUGACUCACAGCGUCACUGUGGGGGAUUUUAAAUAAGCGCUACUGCUCCC